UCCUCUGAAAAGAAAAACAGAGCAAUUCUCUCUUUCGAUUGAAUCCAAAAAAGAUGAGCAACUUGAAGAAUGCGUUUGCUGAAGAAUCUGAUGAUUACUCACCAGCAGUCAUCAUGCGUACGAGCGUGGAAGAAGGUACGUGCGUACAGAUCUUAUAUAUCCUCUUCCUUGGUGUAAAUAUCGUUAACUCGCGUCUUUCUUUUGAAGCUCCACAUCCGGUGGAGGCGGAGGAAGCUGUCGCCGUCGUGAUGGCUCCAAAUCGUGUGGAGGCGGAGGAAGCUGUCGCCGGUAAGAUCUCUCUCUCUCUCUCUCUCUCUAGAAAACUAAUCUCUCUCUCUCUCUCUUUUUGUGCAGCGGUCGUCGCUCCAGUCGUCGCUCCAGUCGCCGCUCUUGAGGUGGUGGCUCAGCCGUGGAUACUUGCAUUAGGGGAGGUUGACCCGGCUCUCCUUGCUCGUGCCCUUGGAGUAAAGGUGCCCCACCGAAGACAGAGUCAACGUCUGCAGAACCGUUCGGCUCACGAGAGAGCCAAGUCUCGUAGAGCACGGAUGUCUCUCGAGAAAUACUUUCUGGAGGUGAUUGAGGCUGCGGCAGAAAUGGGGAAACAGGGAGGAGAUGGAGGCGGGGGCGACGGCGGAGAUGGAAGCGGGGACGACGGCGGAGUUGGAAGCGGGGACGACGGCGGAGAUGGAGGCGGGGACGAUGGCGUCCUCGGUUGAUCGAAUAUCGUUUGUUUUACCAAUCUCAUGGCGUCGUUUUUCUUAAGACUUUGGAAUACUAGCAUGCAUUCACUUGUUUUAAUAAUACGCCAUUAAUAUUUCCCUUUUUAAGACUUUGGAAUCAAUACGAAUUGCAUUACCGUCAAUGAUUUAGGUUUGCACUGUUGUAGAUAGCGUAUUACUUGCGCUACAAGAAACAUCAACAGAGAAAAGUUUUGUUUACGACGAUUUAUUAGGAGAAUGGUGCAUGGAUGUUUUUGUCUAUCCAAUAUGUUGGGCAAUGGAAAGUCUAUCCAAUACCCACCAAAAAUGUCAUCUUUAGCAUCCUUUUUUUUUUUUAAAAAAAAUCUGUUUAUAGUAUAUUCUUCCAAAUAUUUAUGACAAGUUUUCAAAUUAAUAAAAUAGAAUAAAAUUUGAAAAUUCUAUUCGUUAGUUUUCGUUUUGAAAUAUUUAAAAAUAUUAUUUAAUUAUUUUGUUUGACUUGCACAUUAUAUAUGUUUUAGACUUUUAGUGCUAGACUAUCAUGGCUCUUGAUUAACACUAACUCUCUUUUUUUCAAACAACCAGCUUUUAAAAAUGUAAAUAAACUAUAAGAAAUUAUCAGUAGGUAACAUAAAAGCUCAAAAAAGCAUAUUCGCUAAAGAUUGAGAUAGUACCAACCAACAUACUAGUUUUUGUACUAAUUCUCAAGGCGUAAGCUUUACUGACCAGCUUCCUCACUGAAUAGUUGUUGCAGCCAAGGGAAACAUGACGAGCCAGAGGGCUAUGAUCUCUUACCGUUUUCACUGCCACCAGAACGUCAAGAAAGUUAAGCAAAUCAAUCAAACACCAAAACCGUCACUCCACAAGGAUCCAAAACUUAACGAGAAGACCGUCACUCUACCAGAGGAACCAUAAACUCUUACAAAAUCUGGUCAAAUCCAUAUAGAAACCCGAGUAGACAAAUACACAGUGCCACACCAACAUAGUACUCUACUCGUCGGAUCUUCUUGUCAGCUACAAGAUCUGACUCAAUAAUGACCAAUAUAGAUCACAAUAACUACAAAAAGCACACAAAAAAUUACAAAAGGAUAACAGAAAAGAACAGAAGACAUGAGAAGAAUAAACAAGAAAAACAGUUGAUUUCCGGCAACCGGACAAAGCAGCCGCCAGAGAGAGAGAGAGAGAUUAGGGGUUUUCAAAAUAAUUAUAACUCUGUACCAAUCUUAUUUCUCUAUUAAAACUGGAGUACAAAACAUUACUUAGCUAAUUUAAGGUGAUUUCUUACAUCUUUUUUCAUUUUUUUAAAACCAAUUUUAACCACUUCAUUUAUCGUCUUUUCCAAAUAAUCCGACAUUAUUUAUUAUAAAAGUACAAAACAAAACUUACAUAUUUUAAGUGUUUUAUUACAUCUUUUACAUUUUUUUUUCACUCUUUUAAACAACUUCAUUAAUUGUAUUUACCAUAAUAUUUUAUGUGUUAACUAUUAAAAAUUUCACAUGUUUGAAUGAAAUUGUUCUAUUAGUGACAAAAAUUCAAACAAGUUAACAAAGAUUUUUUUUUUUGUUUACGUAAUCAGUCAGACAUGAGCAUUCAUGUACAUGUUCGUAUACAUAUCGGGUUUUCAGGUAUCGGACUUUUGGGAUUUUUAAAAUUAAACUUCAUUCGGGUAUUAUAAAUUUUCGGACGGGAUUCGAGUUCAAUUCUUCCGGAUCAGGGCAGAAACCUAAAAAUAUCUAAAUAAUAUAUAUAUAUAUAUAUGUUUAAAAAUUUCAUUAAAUAAUUUAUUAAAUUAAACUAAAAACCAAUUCUACACAAUGCACGGGUCAAGCUCUAGUUCGGGUUUAAAACUAAGAUAUGUGAACGACGCUAGACCUUUCUGGAAAUAUAUAGUGAGUGCUACUCAAUACUAUGAAGAGCUUUACAACUAUUUUACUACAGAACAGUAUUUGAUCGCUUGCGGAACCUUUUUAAUUUUGUUUCUUUCUCUGGAUAUUUAUCCAGCCCCCACCCACCCCCACCUCGCGUGGAAGCUAUAUGAUCCGGAAGAAUCAAGGAGAGAAAGUGAAAGUGUUCGAGGCCGGGUGAAAAUGUUGUCAAUGAUUGUGUCCAACUUGGACACUCGAUAAAGACCUCUCCUACUGGUUUGGUGAUGUUGUGGCUGUUUCAGCACAAGUAAGUAACAUCACCUCUUCUGCUUUAUCAUUAUUUAUGUUUUUGGUGAUGAUAUUUGAAACGUUUGAUGAUGUUGUUGUGGCUGUUUCAGCACCGAUAGAUAUGUCUUUGCAAUGUGACUCUUCUCUUUUCUCUAGUACACAAUUCAAAGUAACCAAAUAUAUAUUUGAGACUUAUGUCUUGUGACCUUAUCCGCUAUAUGAAACAGAGGACUUCCUAGCCAAAGCUUGUCUGGUACAUUGUCUCCUAGACUCGGAGACCUCAAUUAUCUACAAUCU